AUGGAAUCUCGUGUCGGUGUUGAAAGUGGAGAACCAGAAAGGGAGAACGAAGAUGAUGGGAAUUCCGAGUCAAGCGAGGAGGAAAACCUGGUGACGCAGGUUGCGGAUGGGGGAAGGGAGGAAAGAGAUGAUAGGCGAGAGAGCGAGCAGGAGACAGCGUACAGUGCGUUGCAGCAGCUGGUUACUACUGUUUCGUCCGCGUCGCCAUCCCUCGCAGCCUGGUUAAGCGGGUUCCAAAGCACUAUGGGCAAUUCAGGCCGCUCAGGCUCGUUGACCCGCGCCAUGGAUUCCGAACCUGCAGGCGAGGCUCGGUCGUCCCUGGCCUUGCUUGCGUCUAAUCUGGUCCACUCGCUGCAGCUUCGGCGGAUACAGGACGUCUUUACCAGGCAACCGGACUUGGCGUGCGGCGAGGCGGUGUGGGUGCUGGGAGUGCGAUACGCGGAGUGGGAAGACGAGGAGGUGGGGCGAGAGGAGGCGCAGGAAGGGGGCGGGGAAGGGGAGGGGGAGGCGAGGAGAGGGGAGGGGGCUGAGGGGAGGAGAGAGGGGGCUGAGGGGAGGAGAGAGGGGGAAAGGGGUGAGGGGGGUGGAGCAAGGGAAGGCGGGGAUGUGGAGAAUGACGUGGAUGAGGGUAGAGACGGAGGGAGGGUUGACGGGAGGGAUAAAGGGCGGGAAGGAGGUGGAGGUUUGGCGAGGGAGGAAGGGCGAGAGGGUGUGAGGGAGAAGGAAAACGAGCGGGAUAAGGUGGAGGAGGGGAGGAGUGGGGGGGCACGGGAGGAGGGGAGGAGUGGGGGAUCGUGGGAGGACCUGGUGGUGGACAUGCAAUCAAGGCUAUGGAUGACGUACCGCUGGGGCUUCCCCCCUCUGCCCUGCACUGCUGCUGCUGAUGGCGCUGCUUGUGCUGCUGGUGUUGGUGGCGCUGCCGCUGCUGCUGGCGCCUGUGCUGGCGGUGGUGCUGCUGCUACUGGCGGUGGUGGUGGUGCUACUGGUGGUGCUGCUGCUACUGGCGGUGGUGGUGGUGCUACUGGUGGUGGUGCUACUGGCGGUGGUGGUGGUCAGGGCUUCACCACGGACACGGGGUGGGGCUGCAUGUUCCGCACAGGCCAGAUGAUGCUCGCACAGCCCAGCCGCCCUGCUGUGCCACCUGCUGGGCCGCCAGUGGAGACGACUUGGAAGCGACUCAGAAGCUAUUGCCCUGCUGUGCCACCGCCUGGGCCGCCAGUGGAGACGACAUGCUGGCAGGGAGGAGCAGGUGGGGGGGGGGUUGGUGGGGAGGGGGAGGUGAGAGGAGGGGUGGGUGAGAGAGGGGAGGCGGAGAUGGGAGGGGGUGAUGGGGAUGGGGAGGUGAGCGGAGGGGUGGUUGAGAGGCCUACCACGAGGUCGUUCGUCUCUUUGCAGACUCCCCCUCUCCGCUCUCCCCGUUCUCUCUGCACCAUUUGGUUCGGGGCGGAAAACGGCGAGGAAGCUGGUGACUUGUCACGGAGUGAAGAAAGAAGACUGUGGGGCAAGGAGGGCCCGCUAUGGGGUAUGCGCGUGCAUGUGGUGGGGGCGCACCCUGGGGGGGAGGGAGGGGGAGGUGCGCCCAUGCUGUGUGUGGACGAGGUCAUGGCUCUGUGUGGUGGGGGAGGAGGAGGGGGAGGAGGGGAGGUGAGGAAGGGAGGGGGGAGGGAUGCAGAAGGUGGGGAAGCAUUGGAGGAAGAAUGGGGGGAGAGGGACGGGGAGAGGGAAGGGGAGAGGGGAGAUGAGGAACGAGGCGAGGCGAGCGCAUGGCGGGCGGUGGGGCUGCCUGGUGAGGUGGGGCUGCCUGGUGAGGUGGGGCUGCCUGGUGAGGUGGGGCUGCCUGGUGAGGUGGGGCUGUCGUGCACAUUGCGGCUUGCAGUCAACCCAUCGCUUCCCUCGUCUCAUCCUCGCACCCUCCCACCCUGCAGCCACCAGGAGGCACUGCGCCGCCCGUUCGCCUUCCCCCAGACCGAGGCGCUACGACGCACUUUCGCCUUCCCGCAGAGCGUGGGCAUUGCGGGAGGCAAGCCGCACACGUCGCUCUAUUUCAUCGGCACACACCAGAGCGACGUGCUCUUCCUCGACCCGCACUACCCACAGCAGGUCAAUAUAAGCUGGCCAAUCAGCGCAUGCCAUGUGGACACGUCAUCCUACCAUUGCAGCAGCGCUAUCCGGCGCAUGCCACUAUCAGGCAUGGACUCCUCUCUGGCUCUCGGCUUCUACUGUGCAACCCAAGGUAGCAGCUAA